AUGGGUGACAGCCACUACCUCUUCAUCCAUUGGCUGUGGAGGCACAGUAGCGGUCUGGGCGUGGCUGGGCGCCUUGGCCCCAUGACGACGGCAGAGCGCGCGAAGCCAUGCGCAUGCGCCCGAUGCCGAGCCCGACCGCGAGGCUCCCGGAAGUUCCCAGAGCCGGAAGCUGCCUGCGGCUCGGCUUCUCUAGCUGCUGCCUGGGGUGUGCAGCUCAAGGCUUUCGUCCUUGCGUACCCGGCGCAGCUGAGCCUGCUGAGGACCAGGGCAGCAUGGCAAUCACUGGAGGCCCUUCAGUUAGAGAUGGAGCCCGUGAACAACCAAGCCAGGACGGCCUUUGCUUGUUUGAGGCAGAACCUGGUGCAGAGACGUAGGACUCUUCUCGGUCACCGAAGGUCCAUCAUCCAGGGCAUCCCUGGCUUCUGGGCCAAAGCCAUUGUGAACCACCCCGAGAUGUUGGCCAUGAUCAGCGAUGAAGAUGAAGACUUGCUUAGCUACGUGAUCGACUUGGAGGUGGAGGAAAUCAGGCAUCCCAUUCACUGCUGCAAGAUCAUGAUGUUCUUUCGGGACAACCCGUACUUCCGGAAUAAAGUGAUUAUUAAGGAAUAUCUCAUUAAUGUCACCGGAUAUAGGGCAUCUCAUUCCACUCCAGUUCAGUGGUAUCAGGAUUAUGAACAUGAGGCUUAUAGCCGCAGGCACCACAACAGCAGUGUUAACUUCUUCUUCAACUGGUUUUCUGACCACAACUUUGCAGGAUCUAACAGGAUUGCUGAGAUCAUCUGUGAAGACCUAUGGCUCAAUCCCCUGCGGUACCACAUGAGGAUGCAGGUGCCUGGACAGGGAACCGAGAGGGCA